GAUAAUAAAUCGAUAAUUAAAUUAAUUAAUUGUAGGGAAUUUUAAUUUUUCGCGUGUGGUGACCAUGUGACAGUUAUAAUUUGACAUAAAUUUUAAGUUUCUUCGCAAAAUUGAGGUAAAUAACGAAUUUUAACGAUUUUUAUUGAAUUCACUUUGUUAAAAGUAAAAGCAGAUCGAUUCUUAACAAGCGUAUCAUCGGCUAGCGUAAUGAUCGAUGAUACAUUUACGAAACGAUGACUGACUGUUAUUUUUUGUCUUCUCGCCCCGCUUAUGGAUUUGGGGGCCCUUUGUCGUAGCCGCACACGGGGGUAUUGUGCAAUUGAAAGGAACCGAUGACAAAUCACGUUUUAUUUCUCCGAUUUUAGUGAUUGAUGAUGCAAAAAAAAAAUUGUUAAAAAUGAAGAAACGAAGAUUUUUUGCCGACUUAAAGGUGUGUGUUUGGAAAUUUCUUUUAUUUCACGCCCCAAUUGAACGAAAUACAUCCGACGAUGAUGAUUUUCCAAACCAUUAACUUUGCCCCUUUUCUCUGGGGGGGUUUAAAAGGUGAACGAGAAGCUCUCCGUUUGCCCCACAGAGAAAAGGAAAAAAGCGGAACAGUGAAAAUAAAAAGCAAAACAAAGUCCGCCGUUUCGCGCCAAACACAAUGAAAUAGUCCCGGAUUUAUAAGAAGCACCUCCCCCAGGAAGGACGAAGCCCCACCCCGAAACACACCGAAUUCCCAUCCCCUUCAACGUCCUUCCGAUUUCUCCCCCCCCUCAAAGGGGUUGGAAAUUCAAAAGCCCUGCUCUCAGUCCACCACCUAACAACUUUGUGAAUAGUACUAUUCCCUUAAAAUUAUUAAAAAGAUUAUUCAAAAAAAAAUGUUUCACAACGCCCUUCAUUUCUUAAACACAUCCGAGAAAAUGUUGAAAAGUUUAAAUAAUAACGCGUCGCCGUUCUCGAUGGAAAGCUUAUUAUCAUCCCGCGAGAAAUUAUCGCCGCAAACUUCAGAGUUAUCCUCGGAAGACGCCGAAAUUUCCCCAAAUUCGAAUACGUUCUUAAAAUAUUCGGGCUCGACCGGAAUCGGAAUCGACUCGGACGCCUCGAUGAAAUUAAACGUUGAAGAUGAAAACGAAAGACUUUCGCCGUCGCCCCAACAACAAAUUAACGACAAAUCCGAUCGCGAUCAGAUGUUGGCUCGAUUCCGGAUUUGUUCUGGUUGUGGUCGUUUCGAUUGCGGUAGUUUUCAAUGUUGUCGGAUGGUGGAAAAAGAUACGAAACCGGUGCUCAAGUUUAGUGUCAGUGCGAUUUUGGGUACUGAUCAACAGAAUAAACACGUUCAAAACGAAUCUUUAAUACACGUAACUCCGCCAAGUUUACUGGGUUUGGGCUCAUAUUUGAGUAGUCAUGCACCGCCAGGAGGUGGAGGAAUUGCCAAACCGGUGCCAAGCAGACCACCGCAUUUCAAUCCUCACAUUUUAUUGGCUCAUUGUCGCCCUCAGCCUUACCUUACAGUGUCAACUCCGGUUUCCGGGACUCAAUCGGCGGUGUUUCCGUUACCGGGAACGUUCCCUUGGGCGCAUAGCGGCCGGGGAAAGCCAAGAAGGGGGAUGAUGAGGAGGGCGGUUUUUAGCGAUUUGCAAAGGAAAGGUUUGGAGAGGCGGUUUCAGAUACAGAAGUAUAUCAGUAAACCGGAUAGGAAGAAAUUAGCGGAGAAAUUAGGGUUGAAGGAUAGUCAGGUUAAAAUUUGGUUUCAAAAUCGUCGAAUGAAAUGGAGAAACUCAAAAGAACGCGAACUUUUAGCCGCUGGCGGUUCUAGAGAGCAAACUUUACCGAAUAAAAACAAUCCGCACCCGGAUUUAAGCGACGCGGACGGUGAUAAACCUAAAUUAGAUUUAAGCGACGUUCCUGAUAUUUCUCCUGCGAGUUCUCCUGCGGAUCAACAACAACAAAGAGGAGGAGGAGGGGGGGUUGUUUCUUCGUUGGAGGGGACGCAAAAUUAUCAACUUUUCGAUUCGAUGGAUUAUGACAGUUCGAAUGACAGCGAAGAAGAGAUAAACGUCACAUGAUCUGUCGAUGGUGUAAAUUGCGCUAUGUAUAUAGAUUAAUUUUAAUAAGGGACUCACACAGCGGAUAUUGCUAUCCUCUAUUUCGAAUAAUGUGAUGUAUAUUUAAUGAGAUUAAGAUAAGGAUUAAUAAGGAAGUAAAGUUAAACGAGAAAAUUAACAAAAAAAGAAAAUUAAUAAGAAGAAGUUACCCGAAAAUAACUGAGAUGACGAUUUUUAGUGGAAAUAUUAUGUAAUAUAUUUAAGUAAGUAAAAAUUAUCAGUUUCCUUUUCUCUCUGUCUAACAUAAGUUAAAAAAAGUUGAAUAAAAAGUGGGACAUUACGUCAUAAUAUAAUAAAAAUUAAUUAUUAUUAUUAUUACGAACCUCUUUAGUC